AUGAUACAGCAGAGAAGUAUGUUUGCUGAUGGAUUUGUGGAGCGGCAUGACCUUGAACAGUAUUUUUGGACUGAAAAGACUGUGUCUAAUUUAAUACAUGCUAUAGAGUCUUACACAAAUUUAUUAUGUAUUGCAACUCCAAGUCUAGCCCAUGCAUUGCAUGAAGAAGGCCGUGAAGAAGCUUUAUAUGAUAUAGAUACAAGAUUUAGCUAUUUACCUAAAUUCAGAUAUUAUGAUUUAUUAAACCCUGAAGAUGUCUCAGAGGAGUUUCGAAUAGUUGUUUUUGACCCACCUUUUUUUUAUAUCCCAAUGCACAAAGUGUUUGAAGCUGUAUGUAAAGUGGUUAGUUACAAUUUUAAUACAAAAAUCAUGAUUGCAUUCUUAAGAAGAGAACAAAAUGAGCUUUUUCAGUAUUUUAGAGCAUUUAAUAUUAAGCCAACGAAUUUCUUGUUAGAAUAUGCAACAGUAAGUCCUAAUAAGUGGAGGAAUUAUUGUUUGUAUUCAAAUGUAGAUUUACCUGGAAUUAAACGCCUAAAUAAAUAA